AUGUCUUCAAUCCAGCUUCAGUCGUCCUCUCAGGAUCUACAAGUGACAGCGCAAGGUGUAAAGGUUCUCAUGUCAUUGCUAUCCCAGGACAAUGUCAUCUACAGUGAGGACUGCCUCACGCUUAACAUCUGGACGAAGCCUCAAACUGGAGAGACAAAGAAAGCUGUUCUCUUCUGGAUCUAUGGCGGCGGUUAUACUUCGGGAACAACAGAUAAUAAGGGGUACAAUGGCAAGUACAUCGCAGACUCAGAAGACGUCAUUGUCGUGAGCGCCAACUACCGAGUGGCUAUAGAAUGGGUCCGCGACAAUAUUGCAGCAUUCGGCGGUGACCCUAACAGAAUCACCCUCUUCGGGCAAUCGGCUGGCGGCAGCUCUGUCGAUCACUUCUCGUACGCGUGGACCGAGGAUCCUAUCGUAGCCGGUUUCAUCGCUGAAUCAGGCACUGUCUUCACACCGGGCACGCCAAAAAGCGCGGACUCCGUGGCCCAGACGUGGUACAACAUUACUGCCAGCCUCGGCUGCGGCAACGCGAAUUCAGGAAAUGCUAGUGGCGUCCUCAAUUGCAUGAAGAACCUGAACUGGCAGACUGUGCAAACUGCGAGUAUUAAGUCCCAGUCAGGUGGGCUCUCAAGCGGGUUUGGACCCUCAGUCGAUAACAUCGUCGUUUUUUCGGACUACGCAAACCGAUCGGCUAAGGGCAAUUUGAUCAAGCGACCUCUAUUGAUAGGCUCGAACAAUUAUGAGGCAGGUUUGUUCAAGGUAAUAUAUGGCUUGAUGAAUGUGACGUACCCAGACGCAGAGUGGGACUUCCUUCAAACAUCACUGUUUACUUGCGCUAUCUCGGAGCGAGCACUGGCGUCCGUUUUCAACAAAGUGCCGACGUGGCGGUACCGCUACUUUGGUAACUUCCCCAAUCUGCAGCUCAGUACAGUUCCGGACUCAGGGGCUUGGCACGGCAUCGAGACAUCAACAAUAUUCGGGACCGAUCUCGACAUCCAAAAUGUUCUGGGUCGCACCGAUGCACAAGAGCAGAUUGCGAACUAUGGGUUGCCCAAUUAUCAUCCUCUCCGAUCGACCUUGCUACGGCUUGCGUACAACAACCAAACAGGCCCCAAUGUUGCAUACCCUGCUAAGUAUGAUAUCGGGUGCGUUGUGGAUGGACCGUUGAUAGAGGCUGUGGUGGGCUUAGGGCUGUUAUGA